AUGCCAAUGAUUGUAACGGCAAUUAAGAACUGGCACAACGGACAUAAUGUGAGGUGUACGUAUAAGGUGCCCCCCACACCAAACCACUCAGCGGCAUCGGACAAGACCGCCGCCAACAAACGCCCUGUAGAAGCGGUUAACGGAGAGGUCGACAGUGCAAAACGUAUCAAGAUCGAAAAGAAGGUGUUUGACGACGGUGUGAAUAUCACUAUGGUCGAUGUUGCGCCUGUAUUCGAAGUGAAGCUUGAGCGCCCGCUGUUGGGCUCGGAGAGUGCAGAUAUACACGCGGGGAAGGGCCUGAUGGGAAAUAUCACCCAGGCCGCAAGGCUGGAGGACUGUACGCACAUUAAUGGCGAAGGCAACACAGCUGGUUAUGGUGGCCUUGCCAUAAAACGUGAAGGAGGAGGGUACGUGAAAGUAGAGCCGGGGCUGGGUGAAGGGGAGAGUGCAGGAAGUCCGAAGCUCGGGGCGCCGAGUCACGGUACUGAUGGCCCGCGAGGGGAGAGUGUACCUGAGACUGCUAAUGAUAUUCACGAUGACGGUAUGAUUGGGCGUAUCAAAAGUGAGAUUGUACUUAAGAGGCAGACUGCUGUAGACAGUAAGGGGAGCGAGAAAGAUAGCGGGUCCGCGGAGACCGACAAGAAGGUUGAUACCAGUGCUCCUCUCAAUGGGGGUGUCGCAGGAGGUCAAGCUAAGAUAGUCGGUGCAGACAUGGAGAAGAGCACUGUUAGUGGCACAGAGUAUGAACGGAACGCUAUAGAGGUAUGUAGCGACGGUGGUAGCGAUAACAGCGACAACCGUGGCAGUGACAGUGGCAGUGACAGCAGUAGCGCAAGCAGCAGCAGUAGUAGCAGUGAUGAUGACGGUGAUGUCCAGUUGGACACGGCAGUUGUGACGAUGAAGCGGAAGAAGAUUGGGGUAAGGAUCAAGAGCGGCGUAGCCAAGGCCAGCAUCAAGGAACAGGCGCAGGUCAACGGCGGCAGCUCGGGUAGCUCUGACAGUUCCAGUAGUUCUAGCAGCAGUUACAGUGAUAGUGACAGUGAUUUUAGCCAGCUUGACAGCAACCGCAGUGGUGGGCGUGGUGGAACGGGCCAGGAAGCUGGGGCAGAUAGCAACAGCGACAGCUCGAGUGGACAUGCGAGUUCUUUCGAGGAUGAUAGUGAUAGUGACAGUAAUGACGGCGACAGUAGCAGUGACACUGACAGUGAACGUGAAAGCGGCAGUGAUGCAUACGAGAACAUUCGAAUGGCUGCCAGUGCCAAACGCGGUAGGAAGACCAGAGGCAACCAGAAACGGAGCGCAUCGGACGAUGCGCAGAGCUCGGAUGACGGCGACUUAGCUGAGAUGGAGAUGGAGGGAUCCGCCGCGGCCAGUGGAGAGGCAGGUAGUCUAGACGACCACGCCAACGCCGAGGGUGAGGUAUACACGUGCUUCUUCACGGGGUGUGGGCAGACGUUUGCGAGCAUCGCGUACUUCGACGUCCACCUGACCUCGCACACGGGACAGGUGGUGCAUGUAUGCACAUACGAGGACUGCACGGCCUGCUUCACGACCGCGAAGGACCUGGAGCGCCAUACGGCCUCUCAUCAGUACCUGACAACGGUGGUAUGUGCGAAUACGGCGUGUAGCGAGAUAUUUGGCAGCGUGGAGGCGUUUCAGAAGCACUGGCGGUCCUUCCACGGCAGGAUUAGCGACGCACCCGCGUGUAAGCAUGCCAGUUGUGGACUGGUGUUUCCCACCCACAAAAAGCAGGCGUUUCAUGAGCGGGAUGUGCACUUGGCGGUGGGGGUGACAUCCCAAGGGUUGUACAGGUGUGCCGUGUUAGGUUGUAAAACCGUCAAGAAAAGGAUCGAAAAGCGGAACGCACACCAGAACAUGCCCCAUUCGCACGUGUGUAAGCGCAAGAAGUGUGGGCGCGUUUUUGUGGAUGCCCAGAAACUGUUCAAGCACCAGGUGGGGGCGCAUGACACAGACUUGGCCAUGGUCUGUUCCUACCAACAGUGUGGGCAGACGUCUCUGACGGUGGAGGAUUUGGCUGAGCAUAUACGAACACACUACAAAGGUCUUGUGUACUGUGGGGAGUCAGGGUGUGGUAGCGUGCUUGCGAGUGCUGAUCACGAAGCUCACCUGCGUACUUCGCAUAAGCUGGACGUGUUUGUGUGCAGUGUGUGUGACAAAUUGUACAAGUCGUAUCAGAAAUAUAUCACACACCAGGCCAAGCGCCACCCCACUACGAAAGCGACUGCGUGUGCUUUGUUGGGGUGUGCGGCCAAGCUGGACGAAGGUCUUGGGCUGGACGAACACAUGCGUAUCAGUCACGACAGCGUGUGCCUUGCGAGAGGUUGUGGCAAGCGUUUUGUGCACGCACUAGACCUUGCGAUACACAGAGCCAGCCAGCAUGACUUAACUGUCAUUGACCUGGACCAGGGUACGUUUGAGACUCCAGCGGAUACAAAGGAUGACCGCACAUGCACAUCGCUGUCUGGGAAGUCGGAACCCUCUGUGGCUCACUUAGAACCCGAGGCUAAGCCACAGUCUGGUGCAAAGGUGUCGCCGAAGGGUGCAGGAAGCGAGACUCGGGUUGAGAAAGAAACACUUCUCUGUCCGUACAAUGGGUGUGAUCAGAAGUGUAGCACUGACAAUCUCUUUAGGACCCAUAUCCGCAAGCACUACCGGCGCAUGGUGUACUGUGGCGUACCCGAGUGUAACUCUAUCACACUGUUGACGGACUACAAGCGCCAUCUCGGAUCAGCCCACGGAUGCGUGGACGAGUUCAAAUGCUCUGCUUGUCCCAAGUCACACACCUUCAAGAUAUACGAGAACCUUCGCACACACAUGGAGAAGAACCACGGACCCGAAUUGAAGCAUGCAUGUGCCCUCGCCGGGUGCACGGCACAGCUUAAAACCAGCGCGGGGCUGGAUGCCCAUAUGCGGCAGUCUCAUGACCACGUGUGUGCGGAGCCAGAGUGUGGCGAGCGCUUUGUAUACUCAUCUCGCUUGGCUACACAUACGGCGUCUUGCUACACUGAGGCUGUCAAGACGCACGACAAGGCCACGCCCGAGAUAGCUGAAAAGCGUGAGAAGGUUGCUGAUAAGCUGAGCGCAAAGGAAUCAAGGAAGGUGCGUAAGAAGGAGUCCCCGAAGUCGAGUGAGAAAGAGUCGCGCAAGGCGAGUGCAAAAAAUUCUAAGAAGGGGAGUGGCGAAGAUACAAAGAAGGGUAGUGGAAAGGUAACAAGCAAGGUGGAUGCUAAAGCUGCAAAGCUCCAGGUUGAUGAAAAGGCGUCAAGCAAACAACCGGUUACAACGAAAGUGGUGCCAUUUUCUUGUUUUUAUUCUGGCUGCGAUAAAAAAUUUACAGAUUUCGUCUCGUACAAGAAACACGUUGUGCAUCACUAUCGCCGCCUAGCGUGUUGUCCUGAGCCGUCAUGUCGGGAAAUAUUUCUGAAGACCGAUCUUAAGCAGCAUCUCUACAAAGCGCAUGGUAUAACUGAUAACUUCGUGUGUGGUUCCUGCAACAAGUCGCACAAAACCUUUGAGAAGUAUAUCACGCACACGGCACGACGACACGGAACUGAGAAGCCUCUAGCGUGUGCCAUAUGCGGAUGCACCUCUCAGCUUGCGAGACCCUCUAAGCUCGAUAGUCACAUGCACGAUAACCACGACUACAUAUGCAAAUCAAAACACUGCAAGGAGCGUUUUGUUUACGCGUCGCGGCUGGCCAGACACACGGCAACGCAUCACAAGAAGGAGGUCGUAUCUAAGCGUGAUGGAAGCUCAGGGAGCGAGAAGGCUAGAACGGCCCAGGAAAUCCCGCAGUCGGAGUCCGGUGCUAUGCGAGGUACUGAUCAAACAUUGGCUGUUCUAGAUCGGAAUGGAGAUAACAAGCUCGUAAGCAUGUCAGCAGAUGGAGCGGUUGUGGGUGUGGCAUCGGGUGUGCCUGAGGACGCCACGAAGACCAAGUCUUUCGCAUGUAAAUACACCUUCUGUAGAAAACAGAUGAGCACGCUGGAUUCUUUCGUCGCGCAUGUGAUCAACCACCAGAGGGUCUGGAUGCUCUGUGGGCAGUCGGGCUGCACCACUGCGAUUAUGAAGUCGGAUUGCGAGUUCCAUCUGCGUCUGGUGCACGGUAUCACAGCAAACUUCAAAUGUGGUAUCUGCCGUUCGGAUCAGACAUACAGCACCUUCCGCGAGUACAUCCAACACAUCCGGAAAGACCAUCAUGUCAAGGAUCCGCGUGCGUGUGCGGUCAGCGGGUGUCCUGCCGUCAUCGAGGACCUAUCGCAACUUGACGAGCACAUGCGUACGGUGCACGACGUUGUGUGCCAGGUGCCGGGUUGUGGAGUACGGUAUGCGCGAGACUAUAAGAUGGGUAAGCAUAUGGUACACGUUCACAAGCAGAGUAGCGAGAGCCUCAGACGGUCCAUGAUGAAUCCCAAUGCCAUGUAUAUGACCUUCCCUCCGUGUCCAUACUUCGGCUGUACUAGUGGUGUGUUCAGCCACCCCCUUGAGUACAACUUGCACAUCGGCUCGCAUUAUAGACGACUUGUGUUCUGUUCAGAAGCGAAUUGCGACGCGACCUCGAGCAUUAAGGGCUACUUGAAACACCGGCAGUCGGCUCACGGUCUCAAUGGCAACAGUUACAAGUGCCACCCGUGUAAAGAUUCGUUUGCUUCCAUAACAGCAUAUUCGUUCCAUCUAGUGGCCUGGCACAGUCCUGGGGAGGAGUUUGUCUGUGCACUCGUCGGCUGUGGCGUGAAGUUCAAAACGCCUACAGAGAUGGACGAUCACAUGCGCAUCUGCCACGACUACCACUGUCCAGAGCUUAAUUGUGGCGCACGCUUUGCGGCGAAGGCGCGUCUGACCAAACAUAUGUCAGUUGAACACGGACAUAAACGCCUGACCAGACAUCUGUCAGUUCCACCCGUACACAAACGCAGUGACAAUGUUGCAAAGGGCGAUCGGAACCCGCCCCCAUUGACUGACCGGAUGACGUUACUGGAGACUCCUCGAGGUAUUUCGGGUGAGGGCCAGAUUUUGGCUCAUUCUGAACAUGAGAUCAAUAAGAAUAAGGCAAUAGGUAAUCCUAGAGCUACCCAGGUACAGCCCAUACAAGGAGUAGUACAGAGUCAACCGGCGAGAUUAUCGAGAUUCGGAGUACCGCCGGAUUGGGCUAAAAACCCACCAUCGUCUGUGCUGAACCAGGGUCAGGACCCCACACAUGGACGGAAUCAGGAGCAGUUUAUGGGUGUUACCAGAAAUAGAAACAAUCAGGGUCAGGCCAACGGGCACUUCAGGUUAGAAAUGGCUCAGAAUCAGCCGGCGAUCGAUCCUAAUUUUGGACUGAAUUUGAAUCGAGCUGUGAAUCAUUCCAGAUUUGGAGAAGAUCAGGGUCAUGUGGCGAGUAACUCUAAUUACGGACUGAAUCCGGGUCAGGCAACAGGCGACCCCAACUUUAGAUCGAAUCAGGGUCAGGCUAUGAACAAUGCUAGACCCGAUUAUGGCAUGGUAGUCAUGUAUAGAUGUCCGUAUUUUGCGUGUAGCGCCACGUUUGAAUCGUCAGAGCUGCUCGAUAAACACAUUGUGGUGCACUACCGUAGGUGGGUGUACUGCGGGCAACCGCGCUGUGGAGAAAUAGUCGACGUAGAAAAAUACAUAGCACACAAUGCAAAAGUACACGCCGGCGCGGGUGGCUUGAGGUGCCGUUCAUGCAACAUGCUUUUCCGAUCAGUCGAUGCCUUGAAGCAGCAUCAGAACCGAAUUCACAGGAAGGAGUUGUAUGAAGAAGCAUGUGCGCUGACAGGAUGCACGGUGCCAUCGGCAAAGGACGCGAGUAUUAGUGAGCACAUGCGUCUGUACCACGACUUCGUCUGCCCAGCGGAUAGCUGCAACGGGCGUUUCACGAGCGACAAGCUCUAUCAUGCACAUGUCAGACGUCUGCACCCGGAGUAUAUUUGGAACGCUGAUCGGAGAUAAAGGCCUUUGUAGAGCAUUGGCGAUGUAGUCUUCUGGUAUAUGGGGAAUGUACCUGGGGAAGUGCUUUGAAUUGGAAAAAGGUAUGCAAGAAUUCAAGUUGAAGAUGACCGCGGCAACGUGCAAACUUUAGACUCACAAAGCAUGAAUAUAUGAGGUGGACCGA